AUGGAUGUGGUGGGAGAAAAUGAGGCCUUGCAGCAGUUCUUUGAAGGGCAAGAUGUGCACAGAGCCUUGGAGAAUCCCAUGGUGGAUACAAGUAUGUUGGAAGAAUUCAUCAGCAGUGACAUAGAGUUUGGAACUCUGCAAAGGCAGUUGCCAGACUCUCCCCCAGACUCUGGAUCAGAACGAUGCUCUCCACCACGGCUCCAGACCUCAUGGCCUGACACUGCAUGGCCCAACGAGCUGCAGCCUCUGCCCCCGUGCCCAUCCACUAUGGCACACAGCAGGCUUCCCUGCACCUUCCUGGGACCUUACUCUGAGCCCACUGGCCAUGGACACCCUUGCACCACCCCCCAGAGCUGCUGCCUGAAGACAGAACAUGCUGGGACUCCUUGGAAUCACUCUGCAGCCCCCAGCGGUUGGGGUUUUAAUUCAUGCUCCCAGCCAAACGCAGCUCAGAUCUCGGGCAUUUCAGCAGUGCCAGGGCAGAAAAGGAAGCUCUCACAGUUACUGGGAGAUGCCUCUGACUCUCCAGUCCAAUUUCAAGGCUCCAGGCAAGCAGCUGUUAAGGACUGUGCAGUUGAAGUGCAAGAUUAUGACAGUGAUGGACAGAAUGCAGCUCUGGAAAGGUGCUGCCAAGCUCUGACGUGGCAACCAUACCAAACAUCUCAGUGGCACAGCUUAUUUAAUUCCAACUAUGAAAAACUACCUGCUGUAGGGUAUCACAUUGUCACAGAUAAAGGAUUUAACUUUUCAGCAGCAGAUGAUGCCUUUGUGUGCCAGAAGAAGAACCAUUUCCAAAUCACAGUCCACAUCCGAAUCACUGGACAGCCAAAAUACAUCAAAACUCAGCUAGGAGGGGAGCCAAUAGAAAAGUUUUGCUUGAAAGCUUUUGGAAUAAAGGUGGAAGCUCCAAACCAAACAGUUGCUAUUGAGCAGUCUCAGGCAGAUCGAAGCAAAAAAACCUUUUGUCCUGUUAGAGUUGAUCUGCCAGGGGACCAGGUAACUAAAGUAACCCUGGGAAGGUUGCACUUCAGUGAAACGACAGCAAACAAUAUGAGGAAAAAGGGGAAACCUAAUCCUGACCAGAGAUACUUCAUGCUGGUGGUAGGAUUGUAUGCUGUCUCUCAGGACCAGCUCUACCUGCUGUCUGCAAAUGUCUCUGAGAAGAUCAUUGUGAGGGCAUCUAACCCAGGGCAGUUUGAGACUGACAGUGAUGCGCUGUGGCAGCGAGGACACGUCCCGGAGACCAUAGCCUACCAUGGCCGAGUGGGGAUUAACACCGACGCGCCAGACGAAGCGCUGGUCGUCUGCGGCAACGCCAAGGUCAUGGGCAGGGUCAUGCACCCCUCCGACAGCCGAGCCAAGCAGAACAUCCGCGAGGUCGACACGAAUGAGCAGUUGAGAAGAAUAACUCAAAUGAGGUUGGUGGAGUAUGACUACAAGCCUGAAUUUGCAUCUGUUAUGGGAAUAAAAAAUACUCAUGAAACAGGAAUUAUAGCCCAGGAAGUGAAGGAGCUUUUACCUCAAGCUGUUAAAGAAGCUGGAGAUGUUGCAUGUGAUGAUGGAGAAAAAAUAGAGAACUUCCUCAUGGUUGACAAGGAUCAGAUCUUUAUGGAGAAUGUUGGUGCUGUGAAGCAGCUUUGUAAACUAACCAACAAUCUUGAGGUCAGAAUAGAAGAACUGGAGCAGUGGAACAAGAAACUGGCCACGCUGAAACGGAUGAGCAGCUUAAAGUCAACGGUCAGCCAAGAGAGCAAAGCCAGCAGGUAUAGUCGAGCUGCCAGUCUUUUGCCAUCAAAAAAACCAGUCCUGCUGAAACCCAGAAAGGUUUGUUUGUCAAAGACAAAAGAGUCCUGCUCUGUGAAGAUUUUCCAGGCCACCAUAAUAGCUUUGCUUGUCAUUAUGGCACUAUGUGCUCUGGCCAUAUCAGCCCUGUACCUGCUCAGCAUUCACUACGGGCGCUUGGGGAACUCUCCAGUUUACAGCACUACCCCAGAGUCUGUUCUACUCUCUCCCUCUACCACUGCAGCAGCAUUGCAGGAAGGAAGCACAGUUUCUCAGAGCACACAGCCCACCAGCAGGAUCCCUGAAGUGGAUUUCUGUGACAUUUUGCCUUGUGACAAGGUCUAUUGCUGCCCAAUUCAUCAACCAAAACCCCAAUCUCCACCUUAUGGGAAAGCCAACACCAGGCAGAAACGAAACAAAAGUGAUGUGUUCCCUGAAGGAGGUCCAGUCACAAAACCUAAUGGAAGACCUGAUCUUGGGAAUGACUGGAUUGAUACCACAAUCAGCUCCAUACAGAUCCUGGAAACUCAGCAAAGCAUUGACAGCCGCUACUGCAGCACAAGUGUGCAGUGCAGGUCUGGAAAUUACAGCUACCUUGUUCCUGUUAACAAAUACACACCUGUGGAUGUAGAAAUCUCACUGGAAAUAAACACCACAGAGCCAUUAAUCAUCUUUCUCUGCAAAGUCACAUUUGGAAAUUACUGCUCCCAUUAUUCUUCAAGCCAAACCUUUUGGCAGAAUUUCCUAGCAACCACACAGGGCCGUCAGCACAUCUGGCCUCUCCCGGUGGCACAGCUGUACGACAGCGCCUACCAUUUCCGCGUGGCCGUACCGGAUUUUGCAAGCUGCUCGACAGAUCCUUACUUUGCUGGGCUGUUUUUCACCGACUACUACUUCUAUUUCUAUCGGCAGUGUGACUGAAGUGCUGCUGCUGCUGCUGCUGGAGCUGCUCCUUCGGGGAGAGAUGUGGAGCCUUUUGGUGCGGACAGGAGAUGUGUGACUGGACCUGUUUGGGGCUUGGCUUUUCCACAGAGGAGAGAAAUAAAGUGGCAAAGACUAAAAGUGUGCAUCUUCAGGAACUGUU